AUGGCUCUUCCUUGGGUGGUGGAGCUCAAGAAGGUUUUGAAUGACAAUGAGAUGGGCAUCAACCAAAAGGCUGCAAAAGCCUUGGCAGGGUUGCAGCAAGCAGGACUUGCAUACACCACAGUCCUGAAACCAAAAGAGGUCUUGAUACAUCCUUCCAAUCGAGGAGGACAGAUGUGCAACCACUUUGAUGUGAUUUCCAAAGGAAAAUCCAUCUGCCAGGUGGGGUGGAGCCUUCAGAAAGUGGGGCCUUCAGUAUGUGUGGAAUUGCCUAUUGAGAGCAAGAAGAGAUCACAUAUCAUUGAGUGCAAUGAGGCUCUUGCAUCUAGUUCUGGUGGCAUGCUUCCCAUGCCAAGUGGCAAGGAAAGAGUGUGCAGCCUUUCCACCAGCCACACCUGCGCAUUCCUUCGAUGUCUAGAGAAUGGAUGCAAAAUGGAUGCUGGUGAUGACCUUGAAGGUGGCUCCAACCUUUCCCUAGAGCAGUUGGUUGCCAAAGGUGAUGAUCUUGGGAAGAUGCUCACAGAAGGCUGGGAAUGGUGUGUGGUCAAAGCACAGGUCGAAGCUGAAGUGCCUGACUUCUGUUGCUUUUUGCAGGCUGCAUACAAUAGUGAUCAUGGCAUUGUCAAACCUCCAAAUGAAUUGGAGGUUGCCAUGACCAUUGCUCACAUCUUCCAGAUGCAGCCUGAGGACAAGAAGGAUCUUGCAAAGGCAGUUGCCCAGGCUGCUGCAGGGAUGCCUCCACGCAGGGGCUACAUCAAGAGCAUUGGGGACUUUGUAGCUUCCUAUGCUGGUGGUGAAUCCUUCCAGCUUUUGAAGUAUUUGGACUUCAUGUGUCGACAAUAUGGUGGUUCCAUCAAUUUUGGAGAGGACUUUACUUGGCUGUUGGCAUACUUUGAUUGGAAGGAGCCAACAACAACAUUCCCAUUCCUUCGAAUUGCUUUGGCCUGUUGCCAGCUCACCUGCCCCAAGUCAGCUCAGAAGGAUGGCUUCAGCAGACUCAUCACAAGAGCAGACUGGGACAAGUUGACAGGCAAGAAAUUACAUGAUGACAGCUUGAAGGCUGAGAAGCUCAUGCAUGCUGGAUGGAGCAUGGUAGAAAAGAGUUCUCUGGCAGUGGAGAAAGUUGCUCUUGCCUUUGGAAAGUUCCAGAUCAGGUUGGCAUUGUUUCUCCUGGGCAAGCAAAGGUGUUGUCUAUGA